CACAAACAAGGCAAGUUAAAUACCUUGGACUUCACAUAGAUCCACAUUUCAGAUGGAAACAGCAUAUCAAAUCAAUAAUAGACAAAAUACAGACAGCAAGGAGACGAAUGCACUGGUUAACAGGCCGAAAAUCCAGACAGAAGCGUCUUUCCGCACAACAGCGACAGAUAAAUAAAGAUAACGAAUUGUGGGAACGUAACAGAAUGUUAAUAUCUGGUGUCAUAAGUUCUUUAGAUCAUGAUGAUGAUCCUGAUGAUGAAGGAGAAACCGGAGUACAUCUCCUAGUCCAUAAUGUUGUUCCACCAUUUUUGGAUGGUCGAAUUGUAUUCACUAAACAGCCAGAGCCUGUUGUACCUGUACGUGAUCCUACUUCUGAUAUGGCACUUGUAGCGAGAAAAGGGUCGGCCUUGGUAAGAGCAUAUCGUGAACAAAAAGAACGGAAAAGGGCGCAGAAAAAACAUUGGGAACUAGCUGGAACUCAUAUUGGUAAUAUCAUGGGUGUACGUGAUAGACACAAAGAUGAUAAGGAAGAUCAAGAAACUGACUUCAAAGCUGGUCAAAAAUAUGCGCGUCAUAUACGAGAUGAAGUUACUGGAGAAGCUAAAUACAGGUCCAUUCAACACCAGAGGAGGAGUCUUCCAGUAUUUGCUGUACGACAAGAAUUACUAAAUGUAAUUAGAGAAAACAGCGUAGUAGUUAUUGUUGGAGAAACUGGCAGUGGAAAAACAACACAAUUGACUCAAUAUCUACAUGAAGACGGUUAUAGUCGCUAUGGCAUAAUUGGAUGUACACAACCAAGAAGAGUAGCAGCUAUGUCUGUGGCAAAAAGAGUUUCUGAUGAAAUGGCUACUGCUUUAGGAGACAAAGUUGGUUAUGCUAUUCGUUUUGAGGAUUGCACUUCAAAAGAUACUGUUAUUAAAUAUAUGACUGAUGGUAUCUUAUUAAGAGAAAGCUUAAGGGAAGGAGAUUUGGAUCGAUAUAGUGUAAUUAUCAUGGAUGAAGCUCAUGAAAGAUCUUUAUCUACUGAUGUCUUAUUUGGUUUGUUGAGAGAGGUUGUAGCCAGACGACAUGAUCUGAAAUUGAUCGUAACAUCCGCUACAAUGGACUCUAGCAAAUUUUCAGCAUUUUUUGGAAAUGCUGCAACAUUCCAAAUCCCAGGUCGCACAUUUCCAGUUGAAGUCUUACACGCUAAGAAUCCAGUAGAAGACUAUGUUGACGCUGCGGUGAAACAAGUAUUACAAAUUCAUUUACAACCUCGUUCAGGGGAUGUAUUGGUCUUUAUGCCCGGUCAGGAAGACAUUGAAGUUACUUGCGAGGCUUUGAAAGAACGUUUAGCAGAGAUCGAAUCUGCUCCUCCACUUUCCAUUUUACCUAUUUACUCGCAACUACCCUCGGAUUUACAAGCUAAAAUUUUUCAACGUUCAGAGGGAGGUUUACGAAAAUGCGUUGUAGCAACAAAUAUAGCUGAAACUUCAUUAACUGUCGACGGAAUUGUAUUCGUCGUGGACUCGGGCUAUUGCAAAUUGAAAGUUUAUAACCCACGAAUUGGUAUGGAUGCUUUACAAGUAUAUCCAGUGUCCAGAGCAAAUGCUGAUCAAAGAGCAGGAAGAGCAGGACGUACUGGUCCUGGUACCUGCUACAGGUUAUACACGCGAAGACAAUAUUUAGACGAACUACUAUUAACUGGAGUUCCAGAAAUACAACGAACCAAUCUGGCAAAUACUGUAUUGUUACUGAAGUCUUUAGGUGUUCAAGAUUUAUUAGGUUUUCAUUUUAUGGAUCCUCCACCACAAGAUAACAUAUUAAAUUCUCUGUAUCAGUUGUGGAUUUUAGGUGCAUUAGAUCAUACAGGACGUUUAACGCCUUUGGGACGACAAAUGGCAGAAUUCCCCUUAGACCCGCCACAAUGUCAGAUGCUUAUUGUUGCUUCUCAACUCGGUUGCACUGCAGAUAUACUUAUCAUAGUUUCUAUGCUGUCAGUGCCUUCGAUAUUCUACCGACCCAAAGGUCGCGAAGAAGAUUCCGAUUCAGCUCGAGAGAAGUUUCAAGUACCAGAGUCUGACCACCUAACAUAUCUAAAUGUUUACAAUCAAUGGAAGGCGAAUGGUUAUUCCAGUUCUUGGUGUAACGCUCACUUUAUUCACGCGAAAGCUAUGCGGAAAGUAAGAGAAGUUCGACAACAGCUGGAAGAAAUUCUCAAACAACAAAAGAUGGAAGUUGUAAGCUGUGGCACGGACUGGGACAUUGUACGGAAAUGUAUUUGUUCGGCAUACUUUCACCAAGCAGCUCGUUUGAAAGGUAUUGGCGAAUACGUGAAUUGUCGUACUGGAAUGCCAUGCCAUCUUCAUCCGACGUCAGCUUUGUUCGGUAUGGGGUUCACGCCAGACUACGUAGUGUAUCAUGAACUUGUGAUGACUGGCAAGGAGUACAUGCAAUGUGUGACUGCCGUUGAUGGCCACUGGCUAGCCGAAUUGGGUCCUAUGUUUUUUAGCGUAAAGGAAACUGGACGAAGUGGACGAGCAAAAAGACGACAAGCCAUGCAACAUUUACAUGAAAUGGAAGGGCAGAUGAAAGAAGCGGAAGAAGAAAUGAAAGCUAGGGCGCAAGAACAACUUGAACGUGAACAAGCUUCUAUCAGGAAGAAGGAAAUAUUGACGCCAGGUAUCAGAGAACCGGGUACACCUGCUCCUUAUCGUAAAACUCCAAGUAGAUUGGGAUUAUAAUUGUUCAGAUUUUCAAUGAAAUGUAUGAAUGAUUUCAAUAAAAUGUAAAUAUAAAAUUUGUUCCGUUGGGUUGGCAACUAAGUGAUUGCGGAUACCACCACCAUUA